AAAAAAAAAAUACAAAUUACAAAAAAAAUAAAAAAUCAAAUAUUUUUUAAUUUUAUAAAAAGAAGAAAUCAAAAAAUUAAAAGAAAAAAAGAAAGAAAAUUUAAAGGAAUUAAAUAAAAUCACUAAAUAUAUUAUUAGGACAUUUCAUCUAAAUAAUAAAUAAGAAAAGGUAAAAAAGUAUAAUACUCACUCUCUAUACAACAAACAUUUGCAAAUCAAGAUAUUAAUAUGUAUUCUGAAGAUCUUUUACAAAGUACAGGCACUUCUUUUUUAGGAUAAGUUAAUAUGAAUCAUUCAUCCUCCACAGCUACUACAGUCUCAACUAAUGGUUAGUACUCUAAGAAAAAUUUAAAUGGAAACUCUAAUAAUUUAGCCCCCUCAAACGGGACUUAUCAAAAUCAAAACAUAAACCAUAAGGGUGCCACUGAAAAGGAGAAUAUUAAAUAUGCAGAUGGCGAGCCAGUUAAAACUAAUUUUUAGAAACCUCAAUUUUAUGAAGACGAAGUGUGGAUUGCCAAGUAGUAAUAGCAAAUGGCUCUCCUUUAAUAGCAAUAAUAGUUAAAUUAUUAAAAGAAUAUGGACUUUUAAGUUGCCCACUAGCAAGAACCUCAUUAGCAGUAUUAAUAUUAUGAAGAUGAAUUUUAAAAAGUUGCAGGAAAUAAUCACAAUAUUGAAAAUUAAAAAGCUCCAGUACAAGAGCCACCACAACAAAAAGAACCAACCCUUGAAGAUAUUAUGAAUUAAGUUGAUAUGGAGCAUGACAGUGAGGAUGAGGGUAUUUAAGAUUAUAAAAUUGGAGGUUACCAUCCUGUACAUAUUGGAGAAGUUGUUAAUAAGCGUUAUGUUGUUAUUUAAAAAAUUGGUUGGGGUCACUUCUCAACUGUAUGGCUCGCAAAAGAUUUUAAGUAUGAUACUUAUGUAGCUCUUAAAAUUUAAAAAAGUGCUCCACACUAUCUUGAAGCUGCAUUCGACGAAGUUGAGAUACUUUAAAAGGUAGCAAGAAUGAGCAAAGACCCUGAAUGGAUGAAGUCGCUAUAAAAGUAUUAUGAAGGAGAAAAGAGAAAGAGCUUUAAUAAAGAUGACUGCUAAGUAGUUUAGUUAUUGAACAGCUUUGUGUUUAAAGGACCUUAUGGAAAUCAUUUCUGUUUUGUUUUUGAAAUUUUAGGAGUUAACCUGCUAGAAGUCAUUAAAAGAUACAACUAUAGUGGUGUUCCUAUGCAUUUAUGCAGAAAAAUAGCAAAAUAAGUUCUCAUAGGUUUAGAUUUCUUACAUAGAUUCUGCGAUGUUAUUCAUACAGAUUUAAAACCUGAAAAUGUCCUACUUUAGUUAACCUAAGAUGAAUUAAAGGAUAUUAUUGAAAAUGGCUAAAUGACAAAAAAUUAACUCUUUAAAGAGCGUCUCAAAGUCAUAAGAAAGCAUCUUGGAGUUAAGGAAGAGGAAGAAAAACCUGUUGAAGAAAAAAAACCUCAAUAAUAAUAAUAAGCUAAACCUGAUUAAAAAACUAAAAAGUAAUAAGAAGAUGAUGAUAAUGAUAAUGAUGAUGAAGACGGAGAAGAUGAUGAUGGUAAUCAAAAGGAUGAAGGGGAUAAUACCAACCUGAAAGAGCUUGAAUAAAAGCUAAAGCAACCUGGUCUUACAAAGAAGCAAAAAAAGAAUCUCCGUAAAAAAAUUAGCAUGAAGAAGAGAAAAUUAUAGGAAUAAAAGAAUGCAUAGCAAUAGCCAUAAGAAUAAUAAUCUACUAAAGAAUCUACAAAGCAAGAAAAUUAGGCAGAAGAGAACAAGCCAAGCCAAUAAAAAGAAAUGAAUACAAAGGAUUUGUUCUCUUAGCCCGAUACUAAGCUAUUAGAUAAAAAUAAACUCAUGCGUGGACCUUAGCUUGAUGAAAACUUCAAACUAAAAAUAGCAGAUUUAGGUAAUGCCUGCUGGACUUUCCAUCAUUUUGCCACUGAAAUUUAAACUCGUUAAUAUCGUUCUCCAGAAGUUAUCAUCGGAAGCAAAUAUAAUACUACCGCUGAUAUUUGGAGUUUGGCAUGCAUGCUCUUCGAAAUGCUCACAGGAGAUUUUCUAUUUGAGCCUAGAAAAGGUCCUACUUUUUCCAAGAACGAUGACCACUUAGCUCAAAUUGAAGAGUUGUGUAAGAAGUUCCCAAAGAGCUUUGCAAAGAGAGGUGAAAAAUCAAAAAAAUACUUUGAUAAUAAUGGCAAUCUUAGAAGAAUACCUUAGUUAUAAUACUGGCCUCUCAAGUCUGUUUUAGUAGAAAAAUAUCGCUUGAAAGAGAAAGAAGCUAAAGCUUUUGAAGAUUUCAUGAUGCCUAUGCUUCACUGCAUGCCUGAAAAAAGAGCUACUGCUGAGCAAAUGCUCAAUCACCCAUGGUUGAAGGGUCCUACUACUUCAUAUGAGUUUAAAUAAACUGAAUAGGAAUAUUAGGAUUACAUUAAAAGAAAGCAAAAACUUAUAGAUAUUGCAAAACUCUAAGGUGAAGAAUAUGUAGACCCUAACUAAGAAAAUAAUGAAUUAUAUGAUGAUGACAUCUAUGAUGGAGAUGGUGAAGUAAGUAGCUUGGAAGAAUUCGAAAAUGAUGACGAGUUUUAUGGUUACAAGCCAGACAUUAAUAUCAAACUUGUAGAUAGAUCAUUUACUAAUUUAGGAUACAUAGGAUAUGGUGAUGGAAUUGAUUUAGAAGCACUCGACAAUGGUGGAAAUUGGCAAUUCAAUAAUGUUUGA